AUGGCGCACCUCUUUGCUAGCCGCUGCGUCGCCGUCGCGGCGUUUGCGACCUCCUCGCACGCGUUAUCAGACGCGCGCAUCCCUCUGGCAUCAUCAAUAAACGCGAAAAAGCCGACCAGCGUGCUCGUCCACGGCCUGGACAGCAGCAAGGAGACCUGGACGUCGACGCUCGCCGCGCUCCAGUCGAAAAAUUACCCGUGCCUCGCGCUCGACCUGCGCGGCCACGGCGAGUCGCCGCUCGGCGACGUCGACGAGUUCUCCAGCGAGGCGCUCGCGCGCGACGUCGUCGCGGCCGUCGAGGCUCGCGGCGUCGCGAAGCCCUGGGUGCUCGUCGGUCAUUCCAUGGGCGGACGCGUCGCCAUGGAGGUCGCGCGCAUCGCCGCGCAAGAGGAUCCCGGCCUGCUCGCCGCCGUCGUCGUCGAGGACAUGGACGCGGUGCCGCGGGCCAAGUGGGCCGCGCCGGGGCCGCUCCCGGCCUUCGACCGGUCGUUCCCGUCGCUGGAAGCGGCCAAGGCCGCGCUGCUGGCGCACUACGACGACGCGGGCCGCGUCGAGUCCUGGGUCGGCAAGCGGCUCCGCGAGCAGCCGGACGGAACCUGGUGGUCCGACGUCAACCCGCGGGCCCAGGCGCUCGCGAAGAAGCACGUCCUCUCGAGCGCCGACGGGUCCAAGGCGUGGUCCGCGCUCGCCGCCGCGGACCUGCCCUUCGAGGUGCACCUCUGGGUCGCGGGCCGGGACGGCACCGUCGCGCAGUGGGACGGCGCGGACGGCAUCGACGACCUGGCCGCGCGCCUGCCCGCGGCGCGGGUCAGGGAGUUCCCCACCGCGAGCCACUCCAUCCACAACACGAACGCCGACGAGUUCGUCGCGGACCUCUGCGCGAUCGUGGAUCGGUGUCGCUAA